AUGGACCAACGUCACAAAUGGAUGGUGACGGCAAAGUUCGAGAAGAGAGCUCUUCUCAUCGCCGUCAACGCCCUUGCCGGAAUGUCAAUUUUCUUCUUUGGUUAUGAUCAAGGCAUGAUGGGCGGUGUGAACAACGCCAAACACUACAUUGAUCUUAUGAAAUUCGGAUAUGUCGACGCCGAUGGCACUCCAGUCGUGACCGACACUCUCCUUCAAGGCGGCAUUAUGUCUGUCUUCUAUCUCGGCACCCUCAUCGGCUGUAUGGUCGGAGGAUCCAUCGGCGACCGAUUUGGCAGAAUCAAGACUAUUGCUAUUGGUGCUCUUUGGGGUAUCUUCGGCGCGUCUUUGCAGUGUACAGCCAUGAACUCGAACUGGAUGAUCUGCGCUCGUCUUCUGAAUGGCAUCGGUACCGGCAUCUUGAACGGCAUCGUGCCUGUCUGGGCAUCAGAACUCGCAGACUAUACUUCCCGAGGUGCCUUCAUCGCCAUGGAGUUCACUUUGAACAUCUUUGGCGUUGUCGUUGCCUAUUGGCUUGGAUAUGCUGUGAGCUUCAUCGACAAUGGCGAGUCGGCUUUCCGAUGGCGCUUCCCCAUCGCCUUCCAGAUUAUUCCGCUGCUCUUCUUGCUCUUCGGGUGCUUCCUAUUCCCCGAAUCGCCUCGCUGGCUUUGCAAGGUCGGCCGAGACGACGAAUCCCUCUACAUCUUGCAGCGCCUCCGAGGCACCCACGACGGUAUCGCCGAGGCGGAACUUGCGGACAUCAAGGACGUGGUCAGACUUGAGCAGUCGGCCGAGGGAACCAAAUACCACCACAUGCUCUUUGGUCUCAAGUGUGGAAAACUUCACACGGGCCGAAGAGUACAACUGGUUAUUUGGCUGCAAAUCAUCCAGUGCUGGACCGGUAUUGCUGGCAUCACCAUGUACGGCCCUACCAUCUUCCACAUCGCCGGCUUCGGUCCAUCCAAAGCUCUGUGGAUCUCUGGUCUGAACAACAUCUUCUACAUGUUCGCCACGCUCAUCUGUGUGUUCACCAUUGACAGGAUUGGAAGACGCUGGACGCUGUACUGGGGCUCGGUCGCUCAGGGCAUUGCCAUGUUCCUUGUCGGUGGCCUAUCCCGCGGCGGUCUCAAUGCCAGAGCUAUUGGAAAUGACGACGUUGCCAACUCAUGGGGAGCCGCAGCCGCUACAAUGGUUUUUCUUUACACGUUCGUGUUUGGCGCGACUUGGCUCACUGUACCUUGGUUGUACCCGGCGGAGAUCUUCCCGUUGCAGGUCCGAGCCAAGGGUAACGCCUGGGGCGUCGUUGGAUGGAGUAUCGGCAAUGGUACUUUGACACUUGUUCUUCCGUACAUCAUUGGAGCCAUCAAUGAGAACGCGAUGUACAUCUUCGCGGCCAUCAACGUCAUCAGUAUUCCAAUCGUGUGGGCUCUGUACCCAGAGUCGAAUCAAAGAACCCUUGAGGAGAUCGAUUUCCUCUUCGCUGCAGACUCACCGUGGACGUGGGAUGCGGAGAAGAAGUUCAAAGAGCUCAAAGCCGAGCACGAAAGUCGUGUUGGUGCCGUUCGAGCAGCUGUCGGAGGCGAUCUGGAGAGCAAGGGAGAGAACUCCAGCACCCAUGUUGAGAAGUCUUCUGGCUCGGAGAUUCAAUGA